AUGCAGAGCCAAGCCAAUCGCCGCUUCGCCACCUACCGCCACUCUUCGCCGCCUUCGCCCGACGCCGCCCUCCCCCUCUCCCUCGCCGAUGCCGAGCCCCGAGGACCUUCCUCCAUGUUCUGGUUCAUCCUCCACGCCUUCUGCUGCUUCGUUAGCCUUGCCCUUGGCUUCCGUUUCUCCCGUGUGGCCGUCCUCCUCCUUUCUCCACCUCCACCCUCAACUCCACCCCCUUCCUCCUCACCACAACGACGACGACCACGACCACCACUACCACCACUACGACGACCCCCACCACCCGAACCAAGACCGUCACCAUCUCCCAUCUGCCCUCGCCACGUCGUCGUCGGCAAGCAUGGCAUUCGCAUCCGGUCGUGGCCGCACUCAGAACUCGCCGAGGUGCUGCGGGCGCACGAGAUCAUCCAGAGCGUUCAUCGCGAGCAGCGGCUCUAG